AUGCAUGGAACACGGGCAAGCUUCAGUGCCCUGCACCCUGCAUCCUGCACCCUGCACCCCACACUUCCCCGGCCCCCUCAACAUGACUUGAGAAACCCACGGUCUUCCAUUUCUCCAGCUAACACUUGCUGCAGUUUGGAGCUCAAGACUCGAAAACAGGGGAGAAGGGGAGAAACGAUCGUUCCAGUCGGUGCAGGGCACCUCCUACCUAUUUACCUGACUCGGCAGCUAUAUAGAUCGAGCAGACAGUGCUCGCCCAGAGCUCUCGACGAUUGGCUAUGGUACUGUGCCGUCUUUGAGUGCCUGCCUACCUCCAGUCGUACGAGCAUCCUAAUCCUAAUCCUCGCGAUGGAGUUACCACCGUUGACUGGACCGCCGACAUAUGGCCCUGCGGCAUGCCCUCAUUGUAGCCAAGUCUUCAGCCGCAAGGAACAUCUGGAUCGACACCUCCACCGGCAUUCUGGAACAAGAUCAUUUCGAUGCUCUGUCUGCAACAAAUCAUUCUCGAGGAGAGACACUCUUGCUCGACAUCAGAUUGUUCAUGGAUCUUUCCGCAGCCCAGAGGCGUCAAGAAGACAAUCAUUGGCGCCUCACCGAGGAUGUCAGGCCUGCCAGGAGUGCGCAAAGGCCAAAUCCCGGUGCCACGGCGGUCAGCCCUGCCACAGGUGCGUUCGUCGAGGCCUUUCUUGCCAAUUUGAGCCCAGGUCGCGGCCUCUGAAGGUUACUCCACUCGUAUCCACUACCACGAGCAUGGACGAAUCAGUGUUGGGGCCCAGAACCGCAGUAUCAAACGUCAUUAAUGAGACUCAGCAAGCGAACACUCAAUUAAACAUGGACUUGCCAUCUUUGGAGUUGCCGCUUCCCCCAGCGAGUCCGAACCUUCACUAUCGGGCAUCUCUCAGUCUCCCAAGCAAUGCUUCUACUGCGAAUGUCACAGCAGUACAGAACGACCUUCCUCCAUCUGAAAGUCAUUUUAUGGUUGCGACGCCCGGCAGCGUUCUCGGUGACUGCUCACUCUGGCAGGCGGAUGACCUAUAUUCGCUAGAUCCCAUAUUCUGGGGCUUCGAUGAAGUCAAUAGCACUGAUAACCAAAUGGAAGUGACAGCAUUUACUGGAAGAUCGUUUUCACCAGCUGCAACUCGAACUACAAGUUGCUUCAAUGCAAUCCCAUCUCCCCGUCCGUCAGAGCACGGUCUAGAUGCAAAUACUACGGAGCCUGGACUCAAUGAAAAUAACGCAGCCUUGCGUCCAACUUCAAACACCUAUACUCCGUUGCACUUCCCACCACCAAGCCCAGAAGACUACGAUGUUAUCCAGAAAGAGGAUUCUGGUCAUGUCCACAGCAUAAGUCCUCCCGCGUACCACAAACUACGCUCCUUUUUGAAUGAUAAUAUUGACCCCAGAAGUUCGCACAUACCCUCAAUCGAGUUCUUUCAUUCCUUUGUGCAACUGUAUUUCGAGUACUUUGACACUUUAUUCCCCUUCAUACAUCCUUCGGUGAUGGGCGAAGACGGCCUCUCCUGGCUUCUACUUCUAGCCGUGAGUUCCAUCGGCUGUCAGUACUCUGGUGUGAAACAUGGGACGGAUAUCUCCAAUGUUCUUCACGAGAUGUUAAAACUUGCAAUCAGACAUGAGAUGCCAGAUCCUCUGCAGACAGCUAGCCUUGACUUUGUACAGAGUAUGUUUCUAAGAGAUGCACGAAUGAUAUUUUCUGGGUUGAACAGGCAACAAUUAAAAGUGCAGUUCGAGAGAAACACGCUGGUCACUUUAUGUAGAUCUAUCGCCCAAACUUCAGCUGCGCGAGAGACCCCGUUAAGACAUGGUCGUGAUUCCCAAGUCAAAUAUCGAGAUUGGCAGUCCUGGUUAAGCAGCGAAUCCAUGACUCGGCUGAUGUACUCGGUUUUUGGCUUGGAUUGUCUUCAAAUGGUUCUGUUUGAUCUCUACCCCAUGUGCAACAUGAGAGAUCUCGCAAUGUGCAAUUCUACGGACGACAAGCUAUGGGAUUGUCUAGAGGCUUCGAGCUGGGAAGCUGAAUUUGGGUCACGAAAAGAUCAGUCGGAACUCUCGCGACAGAAUCCGCAAACACUACCAUCCUCGGUUACGCAAAGUGUGCCUACCUUGGCUCUUUAUGCCCAGGAGAAGUUUAUCCUGGACAAUUUGAACAUUCUCUCUCGCCCCAGUUCCAGCCUACCGCCAAAGUUGACUAGCAGUCUCCCCAUACCAGUUCCGUCACUGCAACAGUUGGCUACGCCCUUCAGCACCGCCGUUGACAAUGAAUUGCAUAUAUCCAGGUUCGCCUCAAAGACAGAGCCUCUAUUUCACAUUAUAAGUAUCCUGAGAAGGGUACCACUACGAAGACUUUACUCGUUCUCUGGCUGGCAGACUAAUGCGGCGGAAAUCGAAGAGUCUGAAAAAUCCCUCGAGAGCUGGAUGCAGGGUAAUGAAGAAGCUGCCAGGGAAUGUCUGUGGCAUGCUGCGGUGGGAUUCAGCACUCUACGCAGCCAAUCAUAUAUUUCUUGCCAUGCGCCUCUGUGUAUGCUAGUGGCGGCAAUAUAUAUUUGGGCGUACGACAAACUUAGUCAUUAUAACGUACUAAAGGCAGAUACCAUCACUCGUACGAAUACAGUCCGACUUGACAGCCUUCAGGAUCCUACUCGUGUUGAGAAGUGGAUCAAGGGAGAGUCAGGGAGCUCCCGCAUAUAUAUCAGAGAAGUUGGCAUAUUGAAUGGCUCAGAGAGUAUUUCACGUCUUUUGUUAGAACUUGAGAGAUCGUUACUUGGUCAGACUGCAUGGCCAGGUCUCUGCGGAGGAAUUGCAUUUGCAAUCAGGGGCAUCAUUAACGGAGGGUUACCUUUACGUCAGCCAGAGUGA